GUUAAAGUUUAUGCUUAUCAAAGUAAAAUUUAUAAAAUUUUAUGUUAGCCCGUUGCGUGCUGGAAAAACAAUUACAGACAAUAUUUUAUUAAAAUAUAAAUAUAUUUUUUACUCUGAUUAUAAAUGCGAUCGAUGUGACAAAAUAUUUUUUAAUGUCGUAAAUUACUAUUAAAUAGCAUUAUGAAAUGGCUUGCACUUUGUUAUAAUCAACUAUAAAUUGAUAGAUAUGGAAAGCAUACACCAGACUUUACAAGAAACAUUGCAAACAUCUAUUGAAGAUCUUCCUGAUGAAGUAUUGGAAUUUAUUCUCGGGUUUCUACCACCUUAUAAAGACUUACAAAAUUGUAUGAGCGUUUGUAAAAGGUGGUGUAACUGCGCAGAGAGUGUACUGCAUAAAACAUCCAUUAAAUUGGUAAAAGCUAUUGGAGAAUUUAAUAUUUUGUGGAAAAACGUUGUUUCGAGUGAUAUUGUACCAAGUAUUACUAAGAGAUUCUCUCAUGCAGCAUGCAUCCUUGAGAACAAUAUGUAUAUAUUUGGUGGAUGCACAACAAAUGCUACAUCAUUUAAUGAUUUAUGGAAAUUUGACUUGUCCAAAAGGCAAUGGGUGAGGCCUCUAGCCACUGGUACAUAUCCAGUACCUAAAGCCUAUACAACUAUGGUCGAUUAUAAAGAUUGCUUAAUAGUUUUUGGAGGAUGGACUUAUCCCUCUCUUUCUCAAUAUUACCAGAAUGUUACAAUGUUUAAUGAUAUCCAUUUUUACUGUGUGAAUACUAAUAAAUGGAUUUUAAUUAAUACAAAUAACCCACCCCCUCCAGUUGCUGGGCAUUCUGCAUGUAUCCAUGAUGAUGAAAUGGUAGUUUUUGGUGGCCUAGUUAUGUCGGCAACACAGAAUUUUCAGAUACAGUGUUCAAAUGAUGUAUGGGUUUUAGAUUUAUCAACUUUCAGUUGGAGAAAACAGCCCACUACUAGGCCCAGACCAUCCCCACGAUAUGCCCAGUCGCUUAUUCAGUUAGAUUCUGAUCAAUUAUUACUAUUAGGUGGUGUGCAAACUUUGCAGAAUAGAUUUGUAUAUAGUGAUUGUUGGGUACUGACUAUGAAAGGACCAAUCUGGACCUGGAAAGAAAUAGCAGUUAGAAAUAAAGAGUGGGCAUCAGCAAAUAUAUGGUGUAAUCCUGCUUGUAAAGUAGGAGACAAAGUUGUCAGUUUGAGUAGGAGCAGAAAUGGCUGGAAUAGCGCAAAACCAUUAGUUACGUCAGCUGUUCGAUUAUCUAACUUUGGUAGAGCAGAAGGAGCUCCAGUUUCAGUGAGAGUAGAGCAAAGUUUGCAGAGACCAUUAGAUAGAGACCAAAAUAUAAAUGGAAGGCGUGGUAUAUUACCACGACAAAGAGUUCCUGUAAAUGAACCAAUUGCUGGGCCCAGUAAUGAAAAUGAUCAAGCGAGGAUACCUAGAGCUGUUAAUGAACAUUUAAAUCAUGAUUACAAUAUGGCAGCAUGUAGUGGAGAAGCUAGACAAUUAAAUAAUGGUCUAGACAUAUGUAAAAAAGAAACAGCUUACAGAAGAAAUAAAAAUAAGAAUAAAGGUAUGAAGAUUGUUAGACAACUUCAGGAAGCUAAUAAAUAUAGGAUGGCAGCAUUUGCCUGUGACUCUAUAGGUAAUGCUCCACCAGAAAAUGAUCUCAUUAACCAAAGGCAAAUUGCUCAUUUAGAAAAUAGAUUAGAUGCUCCAGCAGAUAACCAGGAACAGAGACAAUCUAAUGUCAAGAAAAUUAAAAGGAAUACACUGUCAAUGCACGUCCUAGAUAUAUCAACAAUUGUGGGUGGUAACUCAAUGAACUAUGUGUCAUGGUUGUGCCCACGUCUCGGUGAAAUGAGGGGUGCUCCGGAAGAAUUGGUCAUGUACUCUCUAGUAAAGGGCAAUGGCGAACUCAUAAUGUUUGGAGGUGUACACAAUGAUAUUAGUAUUUUGAAUUACAAUGAGCAGCAAAAUAUGUACUCUAAUUCUUUACAUUUCAUCACACCACCCAGGGACAUUAUUUAAAAGAACCCAAAAGUACUAAUGUACUAUAUGAAGUGCAUAAUUAAUUUACGUUGUGAUUAUAUGUAAGCAUGUAUUUUAAAGUUCUCAAUACAAACGAUAUAAGGACGUUGAAUGUUUGUUCAAACAGCUAAUCAUUUCUUGAUACUCAUAAUAUAUUUAAAGUAAAUAAUAAUAUCGUGUAGUUAAUUUCUGUAAUGCUGAAGUAAUAAUUUUCAUUUACCUGCAAUCAUAAUAAUACAUUAUAGGAAUAUUAAAGGCGUAUCCAUUAUAAUUUUUGGGUGGGUGAUGUAUUUGCUUAUGAAUCUUAGAACAUAUUACUAAAGGGAAUGUUAAUAAAACUUGGACGGCUCAUAAUUAAAAUGUUGUGUUCAAAACAUUAAAACUGCCAAUUAAGGAUUUAAAAAAUUUAUAUAAGAUUUUCAGAAUUGUUGCUUUUUAUGCUAAAAUUAAAUAGAACACUGUAACCAUUAAUCCAUGUAUGUACUGUAUUUGUUGUUUGUUAUAGUUUCUUCUGUGAUCUGUAAAUAACUUUGACUUGUAAAAAUAACUGUUGCUUAGCUUGAUAAAUUAAAAUUUCGUUCUUAAUUCACAA